GGAAGAGAGACAGAGCCUCGAGAGAGGGAGAGGAAGAGAGACAGAGAGAGAAAAGUCCAGCUUCACCUGAAUUUCCCCCUGUUCUGGUCCCUUGUUGUGGUUCAGAGAGAGGAAGAACGGAGGAUCCGAGAGCGAGGGAGUGGCAGCUUCAAUAAUUACACAGGGAAAGUGUAUGUGAGUGAGAGAAAGAGGCAGAGAGAGCGGGAGCAGAGCUGCAGUAGCAUCUUACAGCAGACGGCUGACGACUGCCUCCCUGUGUGUGUGUGUGUGUGCGUGCGUGUGUGUGUGUGUGUGCGGCAUGUCUGUGUGACUGCACUGCACUGCUGAAGAAGAGGAGGAGGAGGCAGUGUGAGCAUGCUCUCUUAGACACAGCAGGGCCAUACAAGGGAACACACACCGGCACCAUCAGUGUCUGUUCGUGGCAGGCAAGACCUCCAGCGCUGCAUCCGCCCAGCCUCUCAGCCCCAACCCCAGGACCUCGCCAGGCCUCUACCACCUUCAUCUCCACAAUACAGUCGGCUCAACCAGGCUGAAACAUGGCACAAGCUGCCAAACAUCUCCGCAAGAACAAGGAUUUAGAAGCCCAUCUUGAGGCAGAGCGCAAGGAGAAGGAGGAGGAAAAGGCCAAGAAGAGGAACCGCUCGCGAGAUAAAAAGCGCAAGGCUGAUGCUGUCACUAGUUUUCUGCGGGCGGCUCGUUCUGGUAACAUGGACAAGGCCCUCGACCAUAUAAAGAACGGCAUAGACAUCAACACAGCCAAUCAGAAUGGUCUCAACGGGUUGCAUCUGGCCUCUAAAGAAGGCCACGUUAAAAUGGUGCUGGAGUUACUACAUGGAGGCAUCGAUGUGGAAACCCAGACUAAGAAAGGCAACACAGCUCUGCACAUUGCUGCCCUGGCUGGGCAGGAGCAAGUGGUGGCAGAGCUGGUAAAUUACGGGGCCAACAUCAAUGCCCAGUCCCAGAAGGGCUUCACUCCGCUCUACAUGGCCGCACAAGAGAAUCAUCUAGAAGUUGUGAAAUUCCUUUUGGAGAACGGGGCCAAUCAAAGCAUUCCUACUGAGGAUGGCUUUACCCCUCUCGCCGUGGCUCUUCAGCAGGGACAUGAGAACGUUGUGGCCCUGCUCAUCAAUUACGGCACCAAGGGCAAAGUUCGCCUCCCAGCGCUGCACAUAGCAGCGCGGAACGAUGACACGCGCACAGCUGCUGUGCUUCUACAGAACGACCCCAACGCAGAUGUCCUGAGCAAGACAGGUUUCACACCGCUUCAUAUCGCUGCACACUACGAGAACCUGAGCGUAGCCCAACUGUUGCUCAACAGAGGAGCCAAUGUCAACUUCACCCCUAAGAAUGGCAUCACACCUUUGCACAUCGCUUCCAGGAGGGGGAAUGUGAUCAUGGUUCGACUCCUGCUGGAUCGAGGGGCACAGAUUGAUGCCAAGACCAAGGAUGAGUUGACUCCACUGCACUGUGCAGCCAGGAAUGGACACGUGAGGAUCAUUGAGAUCCUGUUGGACCAAGGGGCUCCCAUCCAGGCCAAGACCAAGAACGGCCUGUCUCCCAUCCACAUGUCAGCACAGGGGGACCACAUGGACUGUGUGAGGCAACUAAUGCAAUACAAUGCUGCAAUUGAUGACAUCACACUGGACCACCUGACCCCCCUGCAUGUGGCGGCCCACUGUGGGCACCACCGCAUGGCCAAAGUGCUGCUGGACAAGGGAGCCAAACCCAACUCCCGUGCACUGAAUGGUUUCACUCCACUUCACAUCGCCUGUAAGAAGAACCACAUGCGUGUGAUGGACCUCUUGCUGAAACACUCUGCUUCCCUAGAGGCUGUGACGGAGUCUGGCCUGACCCCUUUACAUGUAGCCUCGUUCAUGGGCCACCGCAAAAUAGUCACCAUCCUGGUACAGAAGGGAGCUUCUCCCAGCGCUUCCAAUGUGAAAGUGGAGACUCCUCUCCACAUGGCAUGUAGAGCUGGACACUAUGAGGUGGCCGAGUUCUUACUGACCAAUGCAGCGCCGGUAGACGCCAAGGCCAAGGACGACCAGACACCGCUCCACUGUGCAUGUCGGAUGGGCCACAAGGAGCUGGUUAAGCUGCUGCUGGAGCACAAGGCCAACCCCAACUCCACCACCACAUCCGGACACACACCCCUCCACAUCGCUGCCCGUGAGGGACACGCUCAGACCACACGCAUCUUACUGGACAUGGAAGCCCAGCAUACCAAGAUGACCAAGAAAGGCUUCACUCCUCUCCAUGUGGCUUCAAAAUAUGGCAAAGUGGACGUGGCAGAGCUGCUGCUGGAAAGAGGGGGCAACCCUAACGCUGCUGGCAAGAAUGGUCUGACUUCUCUCCAUGUGGCUGUCCAUCAUGACAAUCUGGACGUGGUUAACCUGCUGGUCAGCAAGGGAGGCUCCCCACACAGCGCAGCUAGGAAUGGCUACACCCCUCUCCACAUAGCAUCGAAGCAGAACCAGGUGGAGGUUGCUAGCAGCCUGCUGCAGUACGGUGCCUCAGCCAACGCCGAGUCCCUUCAGGGGGUCACGCCCCUCCACCUGGCUGCUCAGGAGGGCCGGCCUGACAUGGUCGCCCUGCUCAUCUCCAAACAGGCCAACGUCAACCUGGGAAACAAGAGUGGACUGACUCCUCUCCACCUAGUGGCACAGGAAGGCCACGUGGGCAUCGCUGAUAUCCUGGCUAAGCAGGGGGCAUCAGUGUAUGCUGCCACACGGAUGGGAUACACCCCUCUCCAUGUUGCCUGUCACUAUGGCAAUGUAAAGAUGGUGAAGUUCCUCCUGCAGCAGCAGGCCAAUGUCAACAGCAAGACUAAGGUUGGUUACACUGCCCUGCACCAGGCAGCCCAACAGGGCCACACAGACAUCGUUACCUUACUGCUCAAACAUGGAGCCCAGCCGAACGAGGUCGCUACUAACGGUACGUCAGCCCUGUCCAUCGCCAAGCGGUUGGGGUACAUCUCUGUAAUCGACGUUCUCAAACUGGUUACUGAGGAGACGGUUUCCAUGACCACCACAGAGAAACAUCGUAUGAGUUUCCCAGAAACAGUGGAUGAGAUAUUGGACGUAUCAGAGGAUGAAGGAAUUGCACAGCUAACCAUAGGGGAAGAGCUUUUGGGGACGGAAGGAGCCAGGUACAUGAAGAUGGAUGACUUAAAGGACCAUGAUGACGAUUUCCUGUCACCCAAGAAAUCUAUGGAUAACUACUCGCCUGCCAUUCCCAGGAUCCCUUGUGUAUCCCCAGAGACGGUCAUCCUGAAGGAGCAUGACAUGGAGCAGGUACACACUCCAAUGCCAUUACAAAAAGAUUAUGAUGAUGACUCCCUGAUCCCCAGCAGUCCAGCUACAGAGACCUCUGACAACGUCAGUCCUGUGGCCAGCCCCAUACACACAGGGUUCCUGGUGAGUUUCAUGGUGGAUGCUCGGGGCGGCUCGAUGCGAGGCAGCAGACAUAACGGCCUGCGUGUCAUCAUCCCUCCACGGACCUGUGCCGCCCCCACACGGAUCACCUGUCGUCUGGUCAAGCCCCAGAAACUCACCACUCCUCCCCCCCUGGUGGAGGGAGAGGGCUUAGCCAGCCGUAUCAUAUCACUGGGCCCAGCCAGCAUGCAGUUCCUAGGGCCUGUGAUCGUGGAGAUCCCUCACUUUGCUGCUCUGGGUCGAGGGGACCGGGAGCUGGUGGUGCUGAGGAGUGAGAACGGCUCUGUCUGGAAGGAACACCGCAAUCGCUAUGGCGACGAUGUGCUAGAGACUAUCCUCAAUGGGAUGGAUGAAGAGCUGGAGAGCCAGGAGGAGCUUGGGAAGAAGCGUAUCCGACGAAUCAUCUCCACUGACUUCCCCCUCUACUUUGCUGUGGUGUCGCGCGUCCAGCAGGAGAGCGAUCUGAUUGGCCCAGAGGGGGGUCAGCUGACCAGUAAACUGGUACCGUUGGUCCAGGCUUCGUUCCCUGAGACAGCGGUCACCAAGCGAGUCCGCCUGGGCCUGCAGGCCCAACCAGUCCCAGACGAGCUGGUUGCCAAGCUGCUGGGUAACCAGGCAACCUUCAGCCCUGUGGUGACUGUGGAGCCACGGCGACGCAAGUUCCACCGGCCCAUCGGCCUGUGCAUCCCCCUACCCCCCUCCUGGAGAGAGAGCCCCCGGGACUCUGGAGAGGGGGACACCACCAGCCUGCGCCUGCUCUGCAGUGUCAUCGGUGGCACAGCCCCAGCCCAGUGGGAGGACAUCACAGGCACCACCAAGCUCAUAUAUAGCAAAGACUGUGCCAACUUCACAACCAAUGUGUCAGCACGGUUCUGGCUGGCUGACUGUCCCCGGACAGCCGAGGCCAUGUCUUUCGCCAACCUCCUGUACCGGGAGCUCUCAGCCGUGCCCUACAUGGCCAAGUUUGUGGUGUUUGCCAAGAUGAACGAGGUCCGUGAGGGCCGUUUGCGCUGCUACUGCAUGACUGAUGACAAGAUGGACAAAACCCUGGAGCAACACGAGAACUUCAGCGAGGUGGCCCGCAGUCGCGAUAUCGAGGUGAUGGAGGGUAUGCCACUGCACCUGGAGUGUUCUGGGAACCUGGUCCCAGUGAGGAAGGCUACCCAGCAGCCUCGCUGUUUCAGCUUCCAGGCCUUCCGAGACAAUAGACUCCCCGUCUCUGUCAAGGUGAGAGAUAGUAGCAAAGAUCACUCCGGAUUCCUGUCUUUCCUGCGGAAGUCUACCAAGUACGAAGACAGCCAACAUGUGCUGUGCAACCUCAAUAUUACCAUGCCUCUGUGUAUCAAGACUGCUGGGAGUGAAGAUCGGAGGAGAACUCUGACCCCAUUAGCCCUGCGAGAGAGAUACAGCGCCCUGAAUGAGCCUGCCAUGGGUAAAGCAUCAAUGAGUGCCAUGGAAAAGACAGAGCUGAAGAUGGCUCUGAUAGCUGAACAGUUGGGACUGAGCUGGGCUGAGCUGGCGAGGGAGCUACAGUUCAGUGUAGAUGACAUUAAUAAGAUCCGUGUGGAGAAUCCUAACUCCCUAUUGGAGCAGAGUUCUGCCCUGCUCAGCCUAUGGGCCACCUGUGAGGGCAAGAGAGCCAAUAUGGAGAGUUUGUACACAGCUCUGAAGAGCAUUGACCGGAUGGACAUAGUAAACAUGUUGGAGGGCCAGGGGCCACAGCCUGCAGGGAGGCAGGCCCGGGAGCCAAGCAGACGCAGACACAACGAGAGCGACCACAUCUCCCCCAGCCUGACCAAUGGUUACGGGGUAUUACAGGAGGAGCUGCUCUCCCCUCCUUCCAUGCAGUACAGCUUGCCCUCCCCACUCGGAAAUGAGCCCUACUGGCAGGAAGUCUCCAGUCUGGAGUGUGCUCCCAUGGCCAUCACAGAGGAGGACACACUCAUGGAGAUGUCCGAUGUGCAGGUGUGGCCCUCGGGCAACAGCCCCUCCCUAGUGGCCGUGGAGGACUCCUCACUGGAGUGCAGCAAUGCUGACGACUCGGAGGGGCUGCAGGGGCUGUCGUACGGGAGCCUGGGCCGGCCGGGCAGUAGGGCUACCGGAGAGGAAGGGGGGCUGAGUGGCUCCAUGGAGCUGGUGGAAGACAACUCAGAGAUGGGGGCUGUUGACUCGUUCAGCACCGCCACCCCUGCCACCCCUGCUUCGUUCAGCACAGCCACCCCUGCCACCCCUUCUUCGUUCGGAGGCACCAUCGCCGCCAUGUUAUACAACGUUAAUGGUCUGGAGAAGGGUCAAGGGUCAAAAGUCGUGAAGUCAGAGGCAGCAGCGGUCAGAGGCAACUUGGCAGGUGGAGAUGGAGCUGGAGUUGAAGGAGGAAGAGGAGGAAGGACAGGCUCAGAGGAAGGGCUUUCUCUUGUUGCAGGACAACAGCAGCGAGUGUACACCCGGCUGAGCAAGUCGCCCGGUCUGAGCCGUGUGGCCGAUCGUAAUGGAGACAGGUCAAGUGGUGGCAGCAGUGGUAGUAGAGGCAGUGGCGGAGGUGGUGGCUCUUUACUGUCCUAUCUGCAGGAGCAGUCGGGUCCAGGUUGGCAACCUGUCACUGACCACACUCAGGCCUGGUUGGGUUCACAGACAACAAAACCCAGGCAGGCCAUGGACUCAAUGAUGUCAUCAGUGCGCGCUGCCAUGGAUGUGGACCCCAGCCAGUCCCGUGUGUCCCAGGAGGCCUUGCUUCAGCCGGUGCGGGACAUGGGGCACUCUGAGCUCCUGCGUGGGCACUUCAGGGGCACCCAGCCAUUUGAGAAGGGCCUGGGGUUCCCUCACAGGGUGCCAGAGCUGCAGACCUGGGACGACGUACUCCUGAGGCAGCAGGGUGACGAGGCCAAGGAUCUCCCAGGGGAACAAGUGAGCGAGGAGCAGUUCACAGAUGAGCACGGAAACAUCGUCACCAAGAAGAUUGUACGGAAGGUGGUGCGCAGGGGGAAGGGCUCAGGUGACGAGGGGGGUCAGGAGCGGUCAGUGAGCGUGGAUGGCUCUCUGCAGGAUGAGCUGGAGGCUGAGGCGGAGCAGUUCAUGAACUACGCCGUCCUGAGCAGCAAGCCUGAUAUUGUGGAUGUGAAGAAGGGUGCUCAGAUAGUGAAAUGUGCCAGUCUGCGGAGAGUAAAGCAGUGAGGGAAGCAUGCAGACAGAGUGGCAGAGCGACAUGUCCCCGCAGGAUUUGAGCCCCACACCAAAACAAUCCUACUUAGACACAUGACCGGCGGCAGGUGACAGGAGGAAUGAAGAGGAGGAGAAUAAUGGAGAGAAAAGAAGAGAGAUUGGAACGAACAAAACACUAACUUCAUAAUAACAACAACCACCACGGCAAAGCCGACGAUCACGAGAGCGAAGUGGAUUUACUCCUAGUUUUCUUACCUUUUUAAAAAAAGAAACAAUCCAAAAAUGUCAACUACUAGACUAGGUGCAUGAUUUCGUAUAAAACAAAACCAAACACAGACAACAAAAAAAUAGCAACCAAAACGUGCUUCCUGUUAUAUGUAUCAGCAUGAAUGACUGCUGGCGCAUGGCCUGUCUUUCACUACAGUACUAGGGGUUGUGGGGGGGGGGAUCACUCCUGUAUUGGAUAGGAGGCCAUGUUGGGGUGUAGGGCAAGGUGAAUAUUUCAUACGCCCCCUUUCUAAAGAAACAGGGCAGUGUUUGUUUGUGAAACUUCUGAAAAGGGAGACUGUCAAAAUACUCAGAAUUAUCUCUAAGCAACAGGUCACUCUCCCUCCCUGUCACACUGAACAGACUCUUCCAGCCAAAAUAUAUAUUAAAUACAUCACAGGCUGGUUUCAGCCCUUCACUGUCCCACUCCAGUAGCCUACAUUUAGGAUAUUGGUGUACAUUCUAUCUGCACUGAAAUGCUACGUGACUGAUUGUUACCUGUGUUUUAUGUCACCAUAACCCUAUGUGAUGCUAAUGAUGCUGCUGUUUCAGACACCUAAACUAUUCUUCUGCUCUGGUUAACUCUAUGCGUAUAUGUUCUAUAUAUCUUGAGAUCUGGUGGGUAUGAGAACAAACAAAACAAACCUCUGUGUCGUUCUGCCUGUUUUAUCUGUCCAUUUUUGUGUGUCCGGUUAUUUGUUAUUUUGUGAUUUUCAUGUGAUGCCUCCCUUUGCUGUCGUCAUCUCACCUAGAGGGCAUUAUUGGCUUCAGAGACAUUUCACGGUUCUUUGUGUUUUAGAAAGAGGAGGUUCUGUGUGGACUUUCCUCCCCAACCCCACAACCAACCUCCCUGGAGUGGUUUGUGUGCUUCCAGGGUGAAUGUAAUUGGAGUAAAGGCUGGGGAAAUCAUGAGAACGUUGGAUAGACCUUUCACCUACCCUGCUAUAUGUGUGCAGCUAUAGUCCAGUUUGUCUGGCAGUCCUGUCACCACCAUCUGCAUGUAUGUAUGCAGCCCACCCACCUCAUUCAUCUCUACACCCCAUCCUCACACCCCAUUCUCCCUGCACUGCACACCCUGCCCUGCCCUGCCUCCCUCCACUCCCCCAGCCUUUCAGUGUAGAUGCAGCAGUCCUGUUCUGUCCCUCUCAAUAUGGAUAUUAUGUAGCAGUUCUGUUCAUUACCAGCAGGGGUCAGAGUCCCCCUAAUUAAUGUAGCAUCUCCCCUCUGGCGUGUCUGUCACACAGCAACAGAUUGUCAGUCUGAUAUCACAGGAUAUAUCCAAGAGGGUUUACAGAUCAUCUACCCAUCUACCCAUCAUUCGAUAAGGGUAAAGAAGUAACUUCACCACUACAGGUAAUAAUGUAGCACUGGUUAAGCUGGUUACAUGUGAUAGUCAGUCAGGGAGAGGUGGGUAUCUACAGAGAUUUGAACGUGUUGGGAUUGUAAGUGUUGCUUGUUUUGUUGGCAACUCUCAGUAGACUAGCGAAGACAACCAGCCACCAAUCACUGUGAUAAGAAACUGUAAUACUGACCCACAACUGUGAGCCCACACAACCCCACCACAAACCUGUCUCCUUUCCUCUCGCCCCUCUCCUGAUGUCUGUACACCCCUACCCCUUUUCCCAUCAGAAAUGUAUUGUCUGGUGUUUGUUUAAAGGAAAGCAAUAACAUUGGUCGAAAGAGUAGGUCUUAAUAUGUGUGUGUGUGUGGGGGGGGGGGGGGGGGGGGGGGGGGGUUUAUGCAAAUCAUCCAAAAGUGUCCACUCAUUGUUCUUUUAAGCCUUAAUGGCAUUCAUAUUUAAUUCUAAGGAGAAAUUCUAAAGUGUGUGUGCAUGUGUGUGUGUGUGUGUGUGUGUGUGUGUGUGUGUGUGUGUGUGUGUGUGUGUGUGUGUGUGUGUGUGUGUGUGUGUGUGUGUGUGUGUGUGUGUGUGUGUGUGUGUAAUGAGUCCACUGAUUGUAAGUACAAUUGAGACUGACACCGUACAGCGUCAUUUAGUGUUGACAAAAUGACAGUGCAGGGUUGAGGGCGGUGAAUUGGCAUGGGUGUGAAGGUGAUACGACACUAUUGGUGGACAUUAAACCGAGGUUCUCCGGUCCCUACCCUGAUUUAAACAUGGUUUACAGUAGUGUUACCUCAGUACAGUAUACCAUCCUACAUCAUGUAGAUUAGCUGUAAUGCUUUACAUCCUCUUGGCAUUGUAUCGUAACGGAUCUUGAUGCAUUACAUUGCUCAUAUCGGAGGAAAACGUGUGUCUCAAACACUCCAGAGAGUAUAUGGACGAACACUCUGCAAUAAUAAUACCCAGACAUUGAAAUUAGUCUCCAGUCCAGGCCCAUGGUUUAUCAGCCUCUGUAGCCACAGGUAAUGAAUGUAAGUUCUUGCUCUGUACAUAUUAGUUGACUAGGUAGGCUAGACGCCAGACUGUUUAGCCUAUCUAUUGAACUCGGGAUCUGUUGUUGUUUAAGAAACUGUAUAACACUGAACACAUAUGAAUAGAUAUGUCGUCCAUAUAACCCAUCCAUGCAUAAUCAGAACGAGGGAAUGAGCAAGAGAAAGAGAGCACGUAUAAAACUCAAGUUGUUGUUUUGAGACAUUUGAUCAUCUAUCCCUUCCUCUGCACCAUUAAUACAUAUCAUGUUUAUGACCCCACCUUGACUGGGUCAAAGCUACGGGGGCAGCAGAAAGAGGAAUGGUGAAGCACCUCCAUGUGACUGCUUAAGGUUGGCUCAGUAAGAGCUUAAGGAAAACCAGACAUACAUACAUUAUACAUUCAUUAUGCUUCUUAGUUUGGUUUCUGUAUCUGGUCAUUUGUGUGCACACAGUGUGGGCCUACAGUCUUUAAGUCUGGAUGUAAUGGGGUUGGGUCUGGAGACUUGUGGAGGUGGUAGACAGGGAAAGCAGACUGGGCGAUGAGGAUCUAUGGUUGUAGAGGGGUAGUUAGACAACAUCGUGGCUUCACUGACUAUGCGGUUUUUUUAAUAGUAUUUUUCCUCAACACAGCCCACCCCCGUUUCAUCCCCGCUCCCUAAAACCAAAAAGAGAUUGAGCCAGUUCUAAGGCUUCCUUCUAAACAGUGACAGGCUGAGUGGAGUCAAGGAGAGGGAGGACUCAAUAGAACGUCAGACCAUGGAGGUGACGACAUAACCCAACUUCAUGCAAAAAAAUAUUAACUGUUGCAAAAACUAGAGAACACAUGUAUACUCAUUUAGAAUGGAUUGAAGACAUUAUUCAUGCAAUAGCAUAUUACUCAAUACUAAGGAAUGCACCUGCGCACAUGCACAGAAAAUGUUUUUAAUAUAAAUGAAUAUAUAUAAAAUAUAUGGAAAUAUAUAUUUACUUAGAAUGCUAUGCACCCUUACUUGUCAGCGGGAUUAGAGUUAUUUUAUGGAUGUACUUUUAGCAUCAUAGCUACCAAGAGACUGUUGAGUUAUGGGUAAUGCCUGCAACCUGGGAAAUAGGGGCCUUGUGCGUAUUUCAACUUGUUUGGUUUGCUUUUAUAUUGUUAUUGAGAGGUCAAAUAUGACAAAUAUAUACAUGUACAAGCCUUUUAAUCAAAUGAAAUCCGAAGACAUCUAUAGAUAAUUUACCCUGUACACCAGCUCAAAUCAUUUACGAAAUAAUAAAGAAAUGAAAUGUC